CGAGCAUUCGCGAGCUGGGCCUUGCACUCAGCUGCUGCAUCCUGCUGCCCGCACUGUGCCUGUUUCCUCGCCCUGAAGAUGCCAUCUACGGUAUGCAGGCUGCUGCUUCUCUGCCUUCUGCCCCGGCUGGGGGUUCUGGCCGGAGAUGAAGGCGGCAAGUAUUCCCGGGCGAAGAAUGAGAACCUGUCGGAGCGGGACACCGGAGAGUUCAGGAUCCAGAAGCUGAACCAGGUCUGGGAGAAAGCCCAGCGGCUCCAGCUAUCGCCUGUAAAAUUAGCAGAACUUCACAGCGACCUGAAAAUUCAAGAGAAGGAUGAACUGAACUGGAAGAAGCUAAAGGCAGAAGGCUUGGAUGAUGACGGGGAGAAGGAGGCGAAGCUCCGACGAUCUUUGAAUGUGAUUAUGGCCAAGUAUGGACUGGAUGGUAAAAAGAAAUCUCAGACAGACGAUAACAAUUUUAUUAAAGAUGGAAGCCAAGAUGACAUAAGUGAUCCGCGUCUGGAGAAGCUGUGGAAUAAGGCAAAGGCAUCUAACAAAUUUUCUGAAGAAGAGUUAGAAAACUUGUGGCGGGAAUUCUUGCAUCACAAGGAGAAGAUAAAUGAAUAUAACAUACUAUUAGAUACCGUGAGCCGGACGGAAGAGAUCCACAAAAAUGUAAUUAACCCGGACGAACAUGAAGUUAAGGAAGAUUUCUUGCACAGCAAACAUGCAGAUCUCAAGGAGAAGCUACGUAGCAUCAAUCAUGGAUUUGAACGUCUGCGGAAACUAAGUCACGAGGGUUACACAAGCAGCCGGGAUUUUAAUGAGCCUAGAGUGAACGACUUAUGGGAAAUGGCGAAGGAUGGAAACUUUUCUGAUUCUGAAUUGGAAUCAUUUAAGGAGGAGCUAAAGCAUUUUGAGACCAAAAUUGAGAAACACCAGCAUUACCAGAAGCAGCUUGAAAUCUCCCACGAAAAGCUAAAGCAUAUUGCCGAGACCGGGGACAAGGAUCACCUGAAAAAGAGUAAAGAAAAACACUCCAUGCUAACAGAUAAGAUUAAAGAAUUGGGGUACAAGGUGAAAAAACAUCUCCAAGACUUAACCAGCAGGGUAUCCAAAAACGGUCUGAACCACAAUGAGCUCUGAUUGUGACCCAGCAACCAUUCCAUCAACGUAAAAUGAAGAAUUAAGCUAAC